UUUGGUCAUUCUGGCAAUUUGACGGAAACGUGUUAGCCACGUGGUAUUCGUGCGUUAGUGCGAUCACAAACAAAGCAGCUCCCGUCACUGUACGUUGUAUUCGAAUGGCUCUCAGCAUAGAUCAAAACUGAGACUCCGGCAUAGUAUACGUAUAAUAUUAACAAAUAACGUGUUUAGAAGAAGCAACCAAAGUUGAUUGUUUUUAAAUAACUGAAAUAUCAAAUCAUACAUUUAAUCGUACUAUAGCUGUACGAAUAUUUUCAGAAAUUACUGUAUGCAGUUUAUCAUGAUUCAUAAGUGAAUCAUUAUUAUUAACUGGAAUUUGACAUCACUGUACAAGUACAGUAUGUAAAUUUUGAAGUUUUGUAUCAUUUUACUCGGGAUAAUAAAACUAAUAAAUACGAGUGAUAGUUUUAUUAAAUAGUUGAAAUGCAAAGUAAACUAUUAUAAAAAAAUUGUUAAAUUACACGAAAAGUUAUGUGUUACAUGAAAAGAUAAUUCAUGUUUGAAAAACUAUAUGUAAUUCUUUAAAUUUGACUUACAUUCUUAAAUUAAAAAGAAAACAUUUCAAAUAUCAAAAUCAUACAAGUAAAAGUUGUAUUGUUCUUUCAAAAACUGAUGUCACAAUAGUUUGUACAUCAUUUGUCAAAGCAACUUUUAUUUCAUGAAUAAAAAUGGGACCGUUUCAUGAUAGUAAUAUGACUACUCGUGUGAGGUAUGAUGAAAAAAGUGAUAAUGGAUUAGUUAUCAAUGGAAAAUAUUUACCAGAGGAAUUGUUAGCAGAAAUUUUUUGUUACAUUGAUUACAAAUCUUUGUUAAAUUGUCAAUUGGUUUGCAAACGUUGGAAAAUAUUAAUUCAAACUUAUGUUUGGCGUAAAAAAGCAGGAGUUUCUUUCAAUCGAUUACUUUUUUUUAAUAAAAAAGUGCCUUGGCAUGUUUACUAUUUAAUAUGCAAAAAGAAGCCUUUUGAAAGAAAUUUAAUAAAAAAUCAUUCUGGAGAAUACGGAACGCAAAAGUACUGGAAAAUUCUUAGUCAAGGUGGUGAUCGUUGGAAAGUAGAGAAUCCUCCAAUAGGAGUUCCACCUUUGCCAAAUAAUGAACUUGUUUUCGAAGGGAAACAAUUCUGUUUUGUUACUUCUUACUGUAGUUGCUCUAAAACACAAAUAAUUGACCUAAAUGUUGAAGGACUGACAUCAUACGUUUUAGACAAUUUACAGCCUGUAAUAGUGGUAAGUGAAUGGUACAGCUGCCGUUGGGAUUGUCCAGCUAUAUAUGAAUGUAUUAUUGAAUUAUUAAGAGAAGAUAAUACAGUCAUAGAUUCUUUUAACUUCCGUGAUAAUAUUGAAGAGGAAAAACAAAAUCAAUGGCAUCAGGUAUCACAUGAAUUUAAAAACUAUGGGCCUGGGCUUAGAAAAAUUUGUUUUUAUCACGGCGGUAAUGAUCAAUUAUUUUGGGCUGGUCACUAUGGCAGUAAAAUGGCAGGUGCAUGUGUAUAUGCAAAAAUUCCUACUUGUAACAAUAAAAUUUCGCAAUAGUAAAGAGA